UGUGGGGGAGGACUAUGGGCAUGAUAAACAAGCACUACAGUCAUCGCAGAGGAACAUGGCGGCAGUGCUGUUACAUUGCCUAUUCACGAGUACGAAGGUCCUGACAUAGCAUUUCAAAUUUAUGGGACUUCAAGUUACGGCCUUCAAAGAGAGGAGUGGGUGAUGCCUGCAGAAGUUCAUUAAGAAGGAUGUGUUUCAUAAGCCAAGUUGGUAUUUGCUGAAGAUGAGUAGUGCGGGGGACAACACCCCCGACCCUGCUGCCAGGGGAGAGUCUCUGAAGCGGAAAGAAUGUGGCCCGGAUCUCCUGGGGCCCAGCCCCAAGAGGAGCAUGGAAAAACCAAACCGGGAGCAUGAAAACAAAUACAUUGAAGAACUGGCGGAGUUGAUCUUUGCAAACAUCAAUGACAUUGACAACUUCAACUUCAAUGUCAAGCCGGACAAAUGUGCAAUCUUGAAAGAAACUGUGAAGCAGAUUCGUCAAAUAAAAGAGCAGGAGAAAACAACUACUACCAAUGCAGAGGAGGUACAGAAAGCACACGUCUCGUCAACAGGCCAAAGUGUUAUUGACAAAGACGCUCUUGGACCAAUGAUGCUCGAGGCGCUGGAUGGGUUCUUCUUUGUGGUGAACAUGGAGGGGAACAUUGUGUUUGUGUCGGAGAACGUGACCCAGUACCUGCAGUAUAACCAGGAGGAGCUGAUGAACACCAGUGUCUACAGCGUCCUGCACGUAGGAGACCAUGCAGAGUUCAUCAAGAACCUUCUGCCCAAGUCCCUCGUGAACUACAGAGCACCGCGGUCCAGUGAGAAUCCCAACAGGAAUAGCCACACGUUUAACUGCCGCAUGCUGGUCAACCCCCACGGGCCCUGGGACGGAGGUGAGCAGGAGCCCCAGGACCAGGAGGUGCAGCAGAAGUAUGAGACCAUGCAGUGUUUCGCCGUGUCCGAGCCAAAGUCCAUCAAAGAGGAGGGAGAAGAUUUCCAGUCUUGCCUGAUCUGUGUAGCACGAAGGGUUCCUGUCAAAGAGAGGCCCAUGCUCCCAACAUACGAGAGCUUUACCACCAGGCAGGAUCUCCAAGGUAAGAUCACGUCGCUGGACACCAGUCUGCUGAGAGCCUCCAUGAAGCCAGGCUGGGAGGACCUGGUCAGGAGAUGUAUCCAAAUGUUCCACCUGCAGAACGACGGGGAGAUGUCAUUUGCCAAAAAGCAUCAGCAAGAAGUCCUGAGACAGGGCCAUGCGUUCAGCCCUCUGUAUCGCUUCUCCCUGUCUGACGGUACCAUUGUGUCGGCUCACACCAAGAGCAAGCUGGUGCGCUCCCCUGCCACCAACGACCCUCAGCUCUACAUGUCCCUCCACAUCCUCCAGAGGGAGCAGACGAUGUGUGGGAUGAACCCAGACAUGUCUGCCCAGGGACAGGGGAUGGGGAAGCAGCCAAUGAAAGCUGUGUCUUCACUGACUCCUCCCAGUGUGGGUGGGCUGUCCCCAGGGUUGGGGGGACAUGACACAAUGGUUGGCAGCAAUACCAACAUGGCCACCAUGGGUGGACGUUACAGAUGCCAGGGGGCUAUGAACCGUUCUCCCACUCCUCGGGGUAGCAGCAACUAUGCACUCAAGAUGGGGAUGAACAGCCCGUCGCAGGGCAGCCCCAGUGUGACCUCUCAGGGGGGUCAAAGUGGCGGUGGUACCAUGGUGUCCCCACGCCACCGCCAGAGCCCCAGUGUGGCGGGUUGCCCCCACGUUCUUCCCACAGGACCCUUCUCCCCAACGGGCAGCCUGCACUCUCCACUAGGGGUGUGUAACAGCACAGGGGUGGGGAACAACCACAGUGUCUACAUUGGUAACAGCUCCCUCAACGCCCUUCAGGCCCUCAGCGAAUGCCACGGGGUCUCCCAGCAGGGGCAGUCCAUAGGGUCACCUGACAGGAAGCCAGGCAGCAUGCUGCAGAUGCAGAGUCCCCCUGGUAGUGGUGGAGCUAGCAGCACUAGUAACCCCAACCUCAACUCCAGCCAGCUGGCCAACAGCAGUAGCUGCACGUCUGAGAGAGAGAUGGAGAUGUUUGGAGCGUACGGGGAGCAGUCCCAGCCAGACGGGGAGGAGAGGGAGAACGUGGAGCAGAGGAAGUCGAAAGAUGACACCCUCAAGCCUUUUGGAGGAUCAGGAGGAGAGCUAACCGAGGCCCAGAACAGGCUCCUCAACAGUAAGGGCCACACCAAGCUCCUGCAGCUACUCACCAACAAGUCAGAGCACAUGGAGCCCUGCUCGCCCCACGGGGCCCCUGGGGGAGGGGAGCCCAACUGUAAGGAUCCCGGGAUGGGACCAGGUGGCCAGAACAACCACUCCACCUCGCUGAAGGAGAAACACAAGAUCCUCCAUAGACUCCUCCAGAACAGCACGUCCCCGGUGGAGCUGGCCAAACUGACAGCUGAGGCCACGGGGAAGGAGCUGGGUCAGGGCCAGCAGGACCAGGGAGGACCAGACAGUAUGGCUGCCACCAUGGCUGAGAUGGCCACCAAGCAGGAGUCUAUCAGCCCCAAGAAAAAGGACAAUGCGCUGCUGCGCUACCUGCUGGACAAGGAUGACAACACCAUGCAGGAGAAAGGCAUCAAGAUGGAGCCCGGGACAGAGAUGAAGCUGGCCAAUGUGAAGACUGAGAAGCACGACCCGGGAUACAACAUGGCAGACCAGUCUAGUGCGCUGGAAGACAUCUUGGAUGAUCUGCAGUGUCGCCAGCAGCAGCAGCUCUUCUCAGGCCAGCACCACCAGCAGCAGUCCAGACCCGUGUCUCUGCCCACCAACGUAGACAAGCAGUCCAUCAUCAACGACAUCCUACAGAUGACAGAGAACAACAGCAGUCCCACGGGCACCAACACACAGCAGAAGGCCUUCCCAGGCAUGGGCCCAGGACACUUCAAUGGUCCCAGGAUGGGUCAGCUUGGCCAACGGCCCCCUGUCCGCAGUAUGUCCCUGGAUCAGUCCAACAUGUCUGCCCAUGGUUCUCCCCGACCUUUCCCUCCUCCCAGGAACAGCAGCCCCUACUCUGUCAUGCAGCAGCAAGCCAUGAUGGGAAACCACGGAAUGUUGCAGAACCAGGCUAACAUGGGCAACCCAGGCUUGCCCCAGGCUAGCAUGCAGCAGGGUUGGGGUCCUCAGGGGCCAAUGGGCCAGGCUCUGCAGCAGAGAAUGGGGCCUGAUGGUCGCAUAGUGCCCAACAUCUCAGCUGGAGUCCCCAUGAGGCCCAGCAACCAGCAGCCUGGACCCAGACAGAUGGUCCCAAUGCAGAUGAUGGGAAACGUGCAAUCCGAUAUGGAGAUGGCUGGUCCUCCCUACCCAGGACAGCAGGCACUGCCCAAUCAGACAGCCCCGUGGCCUGACCGCAUGAUAUCGGUGGAUCACAGGCCUUAUGGGAACCAGAACCGACAGGCUUACGGUAACUCCCAGGAUGAGGUGCUGUGUUCUCCCUUGCGGCCGGGGGAGGGGCCUUCGGACGGGGAUGCCCUGCUCAGCCAGCUCUAUUCAGUGCUGAAAGAUUUUGACGGCCUGGAGGAGAUUGACCGCGCUCUGGGAAUCCCCACUCUGAUUAGUCAGGGCCAGCCAGUGGCGCAGGAGCAGUAUGCCAAUCAGGAGUCACCCAUGAGGAAGCCACCCAUGUAUAGCCAGUACCCCCAUGCUAGUAGCAUGGCACAGGGCAACUACAUGAGCCAGCAGGACCCUGGCUUCCAUGGUAUGCCCGGUCAGAUGGGCCAGCGGAUGGGGUACCCCAUGCUCCGACUCCCUGCCCGACCAGGAGGCCCGGUGCCUGCCCAGCCCAACAACCUGAGGCUGCAGCUGCAGCAUCGACUACAGGGACAGCUGCAGAAUCGUCAGCCAAUGAUGAAUCAGAUGGGUGUGUCCAACAUGAACCUACCUCUCAGACCCAGUGUACCCAACCAGGGAACCCUGAAUGCUCAGAUGUUGGCCCAGAGACAGAGGGAGUACCUGAGUAACAUCCUGCGCCAGCGCCAGCAGCAUGUCCACCAGAGAGCCAUGCUGAUGCGGGCCCAGGGCCUCAUCGCCCCCCCAAACAUGGCUUCAGCGGCUGGGGCAGUGGAGCCCUCACAGUCCCCUGGCAUGCCCCCCGGUUCCAUGGGCACCAACCCUCGGAUCCCCCAGGCAAACCCCCAGCAGUUCCCCUACCCGGCCAGCUACGGUACUGGUCUUACGUCUCCGCCACCCUCCACCAGCCCCUUCCCCCCGCUGUCCCCUGGUCUCCCUGGGGCUCAGCAGCUCCUCUCCCCUCUCCACUCCUCCCCAAUCUCGCAUGGCUCCUCCCAGAUGAGUCUAGCUAACCAGCAAGGGAUGAUGGGAAACGUAGGUGGCCAGUUUGGAGCCGUAGUGAAUCCACAAAUGCAGCAACACCGUGCCUUCCAGUUUCCCAGCUCAGGUAUAAACCAGCAGCAGCAGGACGCAGGCUUCACAGGAGCCACUACCCCCCAGAGCCCACUCAUGUCCCCCCGCAUGAAUCACGCCCAGAGCCCCAUGAUUCAGCAGCAGUCCCAGGCCAACUCCUCCUACCAGCCCUCCUCUGAGAUGAACGGCUGGCCUCAGGGCAACAUGUCAGGAAACAGCAUGUUCACACAACAGUCUCAAGCUCAGCAGUACAUGCCCCAACAGUCUAAUGGUGGAAUGUACAACGGCACAAACGCAAACCUGAACAUGAACAUACAGGGUGUCCCCAUGGCCUCCAACGGCAGCAUGAACAACAUGAACCAAGUCUCAGCAGGCCAGAUGACCAUGCCUACAGGAAGCCUGUCUUCCAUGGACCCUGAGCAGAACUAUUGCUGACCCCGGUCUAUUGUUGGACAACACGGUUUACAAAAGGUCAACACCCAAUGAAAACACUGGCAUCCAACCAAUCAAGGAGCUCCUGCAGUUCUCCCUGAACCAACCAACCGCAUUCACCUUAGUGUGACUUAGGUCCUUCCCAAAUAGGCUACACUCAGACACACAGACACACACACAGACACUUGCACACACACACGUGUAUAUAUGUGUAUAUAUAUAUAUAUAAUGGACUCAUACUCACACAAUAUAGAAGCAAAACUGAUCCUGUCAGCAGGCAUCUGGUCAGAUAAAUGUAUUCAUUUCAGGGGAUAGAACGCAGACUAUGGCUCAACUCUGAAAAUGCUCUCUUUACUCUUUUAGGUAUUUUCUUAAUAACAAUAUUUUCUUUGUCUGAUCGUUUCUUCGUAUGCACAGGUGUGAGACAAAAUUAUAUCACAUGAUUUCAAAAAUGAAAUAAGUGAUAUUAUAAAUGGUUUGAAGAGCAUAAACUAUACAAUGAUUUUGAAUGGUUACAUUGUAAAGCCUGACUAAAGUAGUCACUUGAAAGGUUUAAAAUUAAUGUUUUACAGGUAUUUAUAGUUUUUAAACUUGAGAAACUUUCUUUGUAUGAAACUAUAAAAAGGGGGCAAGUGUUAAGUUUCUUAACAAGUAUCCCUUAAUGGUACCUUAUUGUGUCUAUUUGAAUUACAUAUUUUAGGUCCUGUAAUUUCAGAUUAAAUUGUCAAAUGAAUCACCCUGCUGCAAUAUGUAUGAAGGAUGAAUGUUCAUAGUUUUGUAUAUAUUACAGUAUAGAUUAAUUAAUUAAUUAAGAUGUAUUUUUUUCUCUCUAGCCUGGUGUUACGACCACUGAAAUAUGACUUCACAGUCAUACCGUUUGUGUUGGAUUAACUAACAAAGGACUGUUUAUCAGGGUUUCAACCAAUUUGCGUAAGGAUUUUUCCUUGCACUUCACCUCGACCUCAUCACAAUGAAAGGAUUGGACAGGCCUACCAACAGGCAUAGCUGAAUACUUUAGGGUGCUCUGACUGUGCUGAUUUUGUGUGCUGCCCUGAAAAAAAAAAGCUGGAAGUGUAAAAUGAACAGGUAAUAUGUAUUUUUCAAGCCAUAUUCCUGUACUAUUCCCAUUCUUGUUUAUCGUCUGUAAACACAUAGCAAAUAUGAACUCAUAGAUUUUUUUUUUUUUUUUUUUUAGUAGAAUGUGAAAAUUCCAAAUUGUCUGCAAACACUGAAAUGACGUUGGGCUCACAAUCAUCGGUUUAAAAAUGUGUGGCCAGAAAAUAUCUAUUUUGUAGGUUUGCACUGGUUCUUAUGUCACUCUGACGAUGCAAAGGAUAUUUCUAAUGGUUUGUGAUGGCCAAUUUCUCCCAAUUAAUUAAACAUUUUCCUAAACAAGGCAUUAUUAAAGAGUUGGGCAAAGUUUGAAGAUUAGGAUGCUCUGAUAUAAAUAUAUAUAUAUUCAAAAAUAACAACUUAUAGAAUGAUGCACUGCUCUCAUUGCAAAUCCAAAGAUGUUAUUACUACCUUUUAAAAUAAACUUAAGCCAUGAAGUGUUACUGUGUUAACAGCCUUUUUUUAAGGCAUGCAUUUUGGCAAUCAUGAUAAGUUUUAAGGAAAUAAUUUGCAUACAAAUAUAACUCACAAAGUUUGGUUGGAUUUAAUUGUUUUUUUUCUUCAGUUCUGACUGAUCUUUGUUGUAAAAUGUGUUAUUAAUUUAUAGUUUGUUAUUUUAUCAAUUGGUAAAUAUUACAUUCAAGUACCUUAACAUGCUAAAGACCUAGCAUAAUGCCUUAGACCUGUUUUUCUGUCAUGUGUAUUGCUGUGAAGUUGAAAGGUGUAUCAUAUAUGUAUAGUGAAGUGACAAUACUGAAAGAGUGCUUUGUUACUCAGUGGCCGUAUCUGAAGUGGCACCAUAUUCACUAUAUAUAGUGCACUACUUUUGAGCAGGGCCUCUAGGGCACUAUAUAGGGAAUAGGGUGCUAUUUCAGACACAGACUUGUGCUAUGGUUAGACUACUACACCCCUGUUUCUUUUCUUGUUUUUCACAUUUUUCUUUCCCCCACAUUUUAUUUGUGAUCAGUGGGUUUUAUUAUUAUUAUUUGUACAAUUGUUUCAUAUUUUGACUAAGAUGAGUAUGUAAACAAUGGUUAAUCAAAGCAAUAUUGUAAAACAUGAGUUUUUGUGUAGAAAGCUCAGUGUUGCAGUUCGGAGAUGUUUUUCGAGGUGUGAUGUUCAUAUUAAAUAUCACUGUUCACCUGCAUCAAUGUUUAUCCAGAGUGGGAGCAUUUAUGUAAAAAGAUGUAUUUACACCUUAUGCAAGCUGUUGACUAAUAUUGCUUUUGCCAAUGCCGCUUGCUAAUUUAUGAUUUAUGCAUUUGUAAAUAAAUUAUUUUUUAUUGUU